UUUGUAACUUCUGUACAAUUUUUUCUUUUUUCUCUCUUCUUCAAUCGUUUGGGAUCCUAAAUUUUACUGUGAUUAUUUAGUUCAGCUAAAGCCCUAAUCAUCUACAAUUCUGAAUUUGGUUUAAUUUCUAUCUGAUUUUGUUCUAGGUCUCCUGCUUCUGUUAAGCUCAGCUAGCAAGAUGGAUUUGGCUUCUCGCUACAAGGGGGUCGUUGGGCUUGUUUUUGGCAAUGAGAAUUCUCCUUCAAACGAAGAUAGCUAUGUUGAACGGUUGCUCGACCGAAUAAGCAAUGGUGUUCUAGCAGAGGACAGGAGGACAGCCAUGGCUGAGCUUCAAUCUGUUGUGGCAGAAAGUCAUGCUACGCAGCUGGCAUUUGGUGCAAUGGGAUUUCCUGUACUUAUGGGUGUCUUAAAGGAGGAAAGAGAUGACAUUGAAAUGAUUCGAGGUUCUCUAGAAACUCUUGUGAGUGCUCUAACACCUACCAAUCAUGCAAAAGGGCCAAGGAAUGAGGUCCAACCAGCGUUAAUGAAUACAGAUUUGCUUGCUCGAGAGGCAGAAAACAUUUCUCUUCUUCUAAGUUUGUUGUCAGAAGAGGAUUUCUAUGUACGAUAUUAUACUCUUCAAAUUUUGACUGCCCUUCUAACAAAUUCUCCAAAUAGGUUGCAGGAGGCUAUUUUGAUCAUUCCCCGUGGUAUAACUCGCCUCAUGGAUAUGCUUAUGGAUCGAGAGGUUAUACGAAAUGAGGCCUUAUUGCUUCUUACUUACCUAACUAGAGAAGCUGAGGAGAUUCAAAAAAUUGUGGUCUUUGAGGGCGCAUUCGAAAAAAUUUUUAGCAUUAUCAAAGAGGAAGGAGGUUCAGAAGGUGGUGUUGUUGUGCAGGACUGCCUUGAAUUAUUGAACAAUCUUCUCCGUGACAAUGCUUCUAAUCAGAUACUACUGAGAGAGACAAUAGGUUUUGAUGCUGUAGUAUCAAUUUUGAAGCUAAGAGGAAGUUCGUACAGUUUUACCCAACAGAAGACGAUCAAUCUACUCAGUGCAUUGGAAACCAUUAAUUUGUUAAUGGUAGGGGGUGCAGAUCCUGGAAAAGACACAAACAAGCUGACCAAUAAAACAGUCCUGGUUCAGAUAAAGGUUUUGGAUUAUCUUCUAAUGCUAGGUGUUGAAAGCCAAUGGACUCCCGUUGAUGUACGUUGUGGGAUGAUUUACAUCCUAUGGCCUAUGGGAAUAUACUUUACCAGUUCACCAAUAAGUGGAUCAGUCUUAUUCUUGGCAUUGCGUUGUAUCGGUAAUUUGAUUGCUGGACAUCCCAAAAAUCUUGAUGCUCUUGCAACCAAAGUUCUGGGUGAGGAGCCACAAGUAGAACCUGCUUUAAAUUCCAUUCUUCGAAUCAUUUUGCGGACAUCCAGUAUGCAAGAGUUCAUGACAGCUGACCAUGUUUUUAAGAGUUUUUGUGAGAAAAAUUCUGAUGGUCAAACAAUGUUAGCAUCCACAUUAAUUCCUCAACCGCAUUCAAUGACUCAUGCUCCUAUAGAGGAGGACGUGAAUAUGUCAUUUGGAAGCAUGCUGUUACAUGGUCUUACUUUGAGUGAAAGUGACGGGGAUCUUGAGACCUGUUGCAGGGCUGCUAGUGUACUUUCUCAUGUACUUAAGGACAAUAUCCAGUGCAAGGAAAAGGUUAUACGAAUUGAACUCGAGUCACCUAUGCCAUCCUUUGGAGCUGCAGAGCCACUAAUGCACCGCAUGGUGAAGUACUUGGCUCUUGCCUCCAGCAUGAAAAACAAAGAUACAAAGUCAAGUUCAAUGGGGAACUUGUAUGUUCAACCAAUUAUUUUGAAAUUGCUGGUCACUUGGUUGGCUGACUGCUCCACUGGAGUUCAGUGCUUCCUCGAUUCACGUCCCCACCUAACGUAUCUUCUUGAGUUGGCAUCCAAUCCAUCUGCAACUGUGUACAUAAGGGGCUUGGCAGCAGUUCUCUUGGGAGAGUGUGUUAUUUACAACAAGUCUGGUGAAAGUGGAAAGGAUGCUUUUACUGUAGUUGAUGCGAUAAGUCAGAAAGUUGGGCUCACAUCAUACUUUCUCAAGUUCGAUGAAAUGAUGAAAAGCUUCGUUUUCUCCUCUGCAAAGCAAGUAGAACCUCAUAAACCAAUGACAAGAUCUGCUGCAGCUAGCAUGGCAGAGAUUGAAGAUGUUGAUGAGCAGGAUUCCUCUGAUCAAAAUAAUGAGGAUCAUCCUAUUCUCUCGUCAGUAUUUGACAGCUCUUUUGUCAACUUUGUCAAGAGGGUGGAGACAGAUAUCAGAGAAACUAUUACAGAUAUAUACAGUCGUCCAAAAAGUGAGGUAGCAGUUGUGCCUGCUGAAUUGGAUCAGAAGAGUGGAGAAAGUGAUGAAGACUAUAUCAAGCGGCUGAAAUCAUUUGUGGAGAAGCAAUGCUCUGAGAUACAGAAUCUUCUUGGUCGGAAUGCAACUUUGGCAGAGGAACUGGCCAAGAUAGGUGGGCGUGGCUCUUCCCAAACUGAACGAAGUGCAAGUGGUGGGUUAGAAAGAGUCCAAGCAGAGACACUCAGAAGAGAUCUUGAGGAAGCUUCUCAACGUAUAGAGAUGCUCAAAGUGGAAAAGGCCAAAAUUGAAUCUGAGGCAUCCAUGUACCAGAAUUUAGCUGGGAAGAUGGAGUCAGAUCUAAAGAGUCUGUCUGAUGCUUACAACAGCCUUGAACAGGCCAACUUCCAUCUAGAAAAGGAGGUAAGAGCUUUGAAGAAUGGUGGAGCAUUGACAGUUCCAGAUAUUGAAGCACUAAAGGCAGAAGCUAGGGAAGAAGCCCAGAAAGAGAGUGAAGCAGAACUGAAUGAUUUGCUAGUGUGCCUUGGGCAAGAACAGAGUAAGGUGGAAAAGCUGUGUGCAAGGCUGUCGGAGCUAGGAGAGGAUGUAGAUAAACUGCUUGAAGGUAUCGGAGAUGACAUGGGGCUGCCUGAAGAUGACGAAGCAGAGGAAGACUGACGAAGCACUUAUUCAUGAUGGUUUGAAGCCUCUUCUAAUAGACUUUGGCUUUGUACAUAUCUGGGUGAAUUGUACAGGUUACUAAGUUAUUGUCUUGCGAUAAUUGGAACUGUGAAUCAAACAGUUGUUGCGCGAUUGGAUUUAAUGUAUGUUUCGGCUUAGAAAUUCUACUCUUUUUUAGAGUUUCAAUUGGGGGGCAAAAAAUAAAGGUAGAUUGUCACUCGGCAUGUAAGAAUACAAAAUGGAAUCUCUGUACCUCUAUUCUGUGUUUCUACAAGGUUAUUGGAAUUUGUAGGUGGAAUCUAGAAUCCUAUGAUAGGCGGACGAAUUUGAUUGAAACCUGCUGAGAUUACAUAUCA